AUGGGUAAAUCGUCCAAGGACAAACGCGAUGUGUAUUACCGAUUAGCCAAAGAACAAGGCUGGCGUGCCCGUAGUGCGUUCAAGCUCUUACAGAUCGAUGAGGACUUUAACUUGUUUGAAGGUGUCCACCGUGCUGUUGACUUGUGUGCUGCACCAGGAAGUUGGUCUCAAGUACUCUCCAAAAAGCUAGCAGACAAUCACGCAAAGAAUCCUCAAGAGCAAGAACCCAAGAUUGUGGCCGUUGAUUUGCAGGCUAUGGCUCCUUUGGAUGGCGUGAUCCAAUUACAAGGCGAUAUUACCAAAAAGUCCACUGCCGAGCAAAUCAUUUCUUACUUUGAAGGUGAAAUGGCUGACCUUGUCGUAUGUGAUGGUGCUCCCGAUGUCACUGGUCUUCACGACAUGGACGAAUAUAUCCAAGCACAACUUUUAUUAGCAGCAUUGAACAUUACUACACACGUCUUGCGACCAGGUGGAACCUUUGUGGCCAAGAUUUUCCGAGGAAAGGACAUUACCUUGUUAUAUUCACAGCUCAAGAUCUUCUUCCCUACGGUGACAUGCAGCAAACCACGCAGCUCUCGAAAUUCUAGUAUAGAGGCAUUCAUUGUUUGCCAAGGCUAUCAACCCCCCAAGGAUUACACACCUACAAUGGCAAAUCCAUUGCUUGAUAUGCAAUAUGAUGAAAUGAACGACUUGGUUGGUCCUAACCGGGUGAUUGUGCCGUUUAUUGCAUGUGGUGACUUAAAUGGCUACGACUCUGAUCGCACGUAUCCUUUGGAUUCAUCUCAUGCAUCGCUCGAUCCAUUACAACCCCCUAUCACUGCACCCUACAAGACUGCCAUGGGACUCAAACGUGCCAACUUUUACAACCGAGUUGCCAAAUAG